AUGAUGAUGACGCCCGAUCCGGGACCCGCGAAACGGACCGAUCGUUCGCCGGCUGCCUGUGACCGGCUGGAGGAGGAGAAGGAGCAGGGGCACCGGGGGUGCAAUGCUGAAACCGGAACCGGAAGGCCGGUGGUUGGCCCACAGAAAACCAACCAUAGCCAUGGCCAGCUAUGGUCGCGCGCCAGGGAUACGUCGUCGUCGUCGUCGUCGCUGUUCGUAGGACUAACGAUGCUUCUGCUGCAUCUCGGUGAGGUGGACUGCCGAGCGCCGAAGGAACCGUACUAUGGGCGCGAAAUCGGAAGACUCACCAACUUCGGGCACGGCAUCAAGGGUCAAGUGUUCGCCGUCGAUGAGUCGACACUGUUUGUCAAAGGGUUCGCCUACGACGGCAACGCACCGGAUGCGUUCUUCUGGGUCGGCAACUCACCCCGCCCGAGCCCCGAGGGCUACAUCAUCCCGUACCCGGAGGAGUACAGCGGGAGAGAACCACCGGUGCUGCAGCAGCACAACAACACAGACAUCAUCCUGAAGCUGCCGAUGGGAAAACGGAUUCGCGACAUUCGCUGGCUUUCGGUCUGGUGCCGACGGUUCACGGUCGAUUUUGGUGAAAUCUUCAUCCCGCCCGGGCUGGACGUACCGAAACCGCGGGUACUGCCCGAGUUCAAGCGACUGGCGCACGGGCUCCGGUCGAGCAACAUCAGUAUCCUGGACGCGAAAACGUUCUACAUUCCCAACCUGCACUACGACGGUGCCGGACCGGACGCGUACUUCUGGGUUGGCAACGGGUCCGAGCCCAACAUUAUGGGCACCAAAGUUCCUAACGAGAUCGGUUCGCUGGAACCGCUGCGCGGCUACCAGGGCGAAGACAUCGAGAUCCAGCUGCCCGGCAAUCUGACCGUCUACGACAUCGACUGGCUGGCCGUGUGGUGCGUCGAGUACCGGCACAACUUUGGCCACGUCUACAUCCCGCGGGACCUGGACGUUCCGCCGGCCCUCGGGCAGACGAAAAUAGCGCCGCCCUGGUGGUACAAGCCGACCACAACGACAUCGUCCACCAUCAUCACGCAGGGUACGAGCAAACCGACCAACGUCAACUGCCGCGAGCUGAUCCGUGGCCGGCUGAACGUCAUGUGGGAAGUGCUGGACGAUUACAUCGUGAUCGAGCUGAUCGGACGGAUCGCCGAGGAGCAGUACAUGGCGUUCGGGAUCUCCGGAAGCCACGGACACCCGCAGAUGGUCGGUGCGGACGUGGCGGUGGCCUUCUACGACCGACGGCAGCGCCGGUUCCGGGCCGAGGACUACUACCUCUCGUCGUUGGCCCAGUGCGACGGCAAGCUCGGUGUGUGUCCGGACGAGCGCAUCGGCGGCAAGAACGACGUGGAGAUCCUGUCCGGUGACCGUAGCCACGGUGUGACGCGCAUCAAGUACCGUCGGUUGCUGCAGACGAACGAAGCCGUCAACGAUCGGGCGUAUCCGCUCGAUCGGCAGGUAUCGGUGAUUGCGGCGAUCGGACCGCUGAACUCGCGCGAAGAAGCCAACUCUCACACGCACACCGGAACCGACGUGACGGUGGACGACGUGCAGAUCGACUUUUCGUCCAAAAAUGAUCACACCUGCACCGACGCCCUCGACAGCUACCGGGAGGAGGACGGACCGGAGCCGUGGCCAACGCGAAUGAUUCUCGGCGAGCGGGUUAUCACGGCCCGCAUCGGACCGACCGGCGGCAAGCGGGGCUACACGCCGAUCACGGGCAACCCGUCGUGGGGUAUCGCGUGGUACAUGAACGACAAGCUGAUCCCGGAGAUCUACGUCGAGCGUGGCCAGACGUACACGUUCGUCGUGGAGGGUGGCGACGAACCGACGCAACCAGCCAAAUAUCACCCCCUGUACAUCACGAACUCUCCCGAGGGAGGCUACGGACAGCUAUCGGAGGCCCAGAAACGCCGGGAAACCGUCUACGCUGGCGUCGAAUACGAUUCGUCCGGUUACGCCGUUCCUACUGCAGCUGGUCGGUACUGCGAAUGGAAGCACAAGACCAUUGACAAGUCGACGGAAAUCGCCACGUUCGACGAGUACAUGAAGACGCUCCAGUUGGUCUGCGAUGAUCCGAACGGCCAGCCGUCCUAUCUCAACUGGACGGUGGUGGACGAGACACCCGAUCUGGUGUACUAUCAGUGCUUCACGCAUCGCAACCUGGGCUGGAAGAUCCGCGUCGUCAAUCCGGGUGAAACUAGUAAGAUCAGUGGAUCGCAUGGUCUGUACGGUAGUGGGCUGGGCGCCGUCACGGUGCUGCUAGUGUCCGUCGGGUCACUGAUGCUCGGCGGUACGGCCACCGCACUCGUUGGCCGUCUGCCGUGGAGUUUCUGA